GUGACUGAUUAGGUUUCACUUUGCGCCGGCGACAAGAUCGUCUUCCUACAUUCAGAAAUGCAGUGAGUGAAGGGAUUGAAUUAGUGGCGUCUCAGGAGAUCAUUCUCUCUUUCCCACAUAAGCAAGGUCCGCACUUCGUUCCUUGGGUGGUACUUGCAUCGAGCAAUCAUGAGCCGCCAUCCGGAGGUCCUUUGGGCGCAGCGCAGCGACAAGGUCCUCAUCACGAUCGCCCUCCCCGACCCCAUUGACCCCAAGAUCCAUGUAGACCCCUCCGGCAAGCUCACCUUCUCGGCAAAGGCUGGCCCUGACAAGACGCCGUACGAGCUCGAUUUGGAGCUGGGGGGCGAGAUCGACAAUGAGAAGAGCAAGAUUCAGAUCACAAACCGGCACAUACUGACAGUGCUAGAAAAGAAGGAGAAGGGUUACUGGGACCGUCUCCUAAAAGCCAAGGGCAAGACGCCACAGUACAUCAAGGUGGACUGGAGCAAGUGGGUGGAUGAGGACGAGGAGAAGGGCGAAUUCGAUACAAGUAACCUCCAGGACUUUUCGCAAUUCGGAGGCGGCAUGGGCGGAAUGGGCGGAAUGGGCGGCAUGGGCGGAAUGGGAGACUUGGGCGGUAUGAUGGGCGGAAUGGGCGGCAUGGGCGGAAUGGGCGGAAUGGGCGGAAUGGGCGGAAUGGGAGGUCCAGGGGGUAUGGGUGGCAUGGACCAACAAAAAUUGCAGGAGAUGCUGGCUGGGCUGCAGGGAGGCGCCGGUGGCGGCAUGGGCGGAAUGGGAGAUGCCGAAGGCGCGGAGGAGGUCGACAGCGAUGACGACGAUGCCAAGAAUGCAAAGCUGCUCGACUCUUUGAAGCAUUCGAAAGUCGCUACGGACGCCUCUCCGGACUCGGACGAAGAGGACGACGAAGAUCUUCCCGAGCUGGAGAAACCCUAAGGAGCCAUCCUAGCCGAAGGAGACGCAGCACGUAUUGAGCGUUAGGCCGACUGUUCGGAUGAUUGUGCAUCAGCGAGCACAAGUUGAACAAAUAAUGAGGCCGCGAUGUAGGACAGAGUCAAAGUCGAAUCUGGACCGCAUCUCGCUGACAUUUACGGUCCAAUGGAGCUGGAUACAGUGGCGUGGUAAGCGAGAGUUUAUGAACUGACGACUUGUGCAUUUUGCACAGUCCAGCUCUGCGACCUUUUCAGGUGUCUGCGCUUCUUCGCAAGAGUUAAUACGGGCCUACGCUGCAAAAGAGCUCUUGUAUGCGAUCUUGAAUAUCUCCCAAGUCCUGUCAUUGCCGGGGGCCUGGC